AAAAGAAAAGAAAAGAAAAGAAAAGAAAAGAAAAGAAAAGAAAAGAAAAGAAAAGAAAAGAGAAAAGUCUAAAUACUAAUGUACCAAAUACUACAUACUAAUUUGGAAUGAGCAGAACCAUCUAGCAGCAUAGUCUUUUCUAUAAAACAGUGUAACUAAAGGAUGUUAAUACCUAUAUAACCUAUGUGUUGGGUGUGUUCACUUAUUUUUGAUAAUUCAAGGUACUCUGUAUUAUUCUGCGCCUCAUUUAUUAUAUUCUCUGUCAUAUUUACUGCGGCUGCUAGGGAAGGGUUAUGUUGAAGUCAGAGGCAAUGAAGAUGGGUGCUCAUCUAACAGGUGCUCCACUCCCUUUGUUCUGUGUAUACACAUAUUCAAAUCAGACAGGGCUGGGGACAGGAUAGGGCCUGUUAACUCGUUGCUGAUUUUCCUAGCAAAUAAACCAGCAGGUGCUGGUCCCAGCUCUGACUUAGCACUGAGAAGAAGGUGGUGUUUGUAUGGGACAGGAUGCUUUCAUGGAGCCUCUAGCCAGCUUAUUUUGUGACUUAAAGUGCCAAGUAUAUUUUCUGCUUGUAGGUAUUUGUUCUGCCUUGAAGCUGACAGUACCAUCUCAUACUAUCCAUGGUAUCGAGGGGCAACCACUCCAGCUCACUGUUGACUACAAUUUCAACACUACAGCUUGUGAGAUACAGAUAAUUUGGCUGUUUGAGAAGCCUCGGAGUAAUCCGAAAUACCUGCUUGGCUCUGUAAACCAAACAGUAGUACCAGACUUGGAAUAUCAGCACAAGUUUACCCUCAUACCACCUAAUGCAUCUUUGAUGAUCAAUCCAUUACGUAUCAGUGAUGAGGGCAAUUAUAUUGUAAAAGUCAAUGUCCGUGGGAAUAGGACAGUAGCUGCCAGUGAAAAAAUUCAUGUAGCUGUUGAUGUACCUGUCACACAGCCAAUUGUGCACACUGAGCCAUCUUCAGGGGUAGUGGAGUACGUGGGUAAUAUUACGUUAAAAUGUACCGUGGGAAAAGGCACAAGAGUAGUUUACCAGUGGAUGAAAAAUGGAAAGCCUCUCCAUGCUGGCCCUAAUUAUACUUUUUCAUCAAACAAUGCUACACUUCUAAUUGUUCCUGUUGCAAAAGAAGACAUUGGGAACUACAGCUGUUUGGUGUCCAACCCUGUCAGCGCAAUGGAAAGUGAGAGAAUUGCACCAACAAUAUAUUAUGGUCCUUAUGGGCUCCGAGUUAAAUCAGACAAAGGUCUGAAGGUAGGGGCGGUGUUUACCGUCAGCGUAGGAGAAGCCGUACUGUUCGACUGCUCGGCUGAUUCAAACCCACCAAACACUUACUCCUGGAUUCAAAGGGCUGACAAUACCACUCAUGUAAUCCAAUAUGGACCCCACCUGGAAGUUGUGUCUGAUACGGUGGCUCAGAAGACAAGAGAUUAUGUGUGCCGCGCUUUCAACAACAUGACUGGAAAACGAGAUGAGACUCACUUCACAGUGAUCAUUACCUCUGCAGGACUGGAAAAAUUGGCCCAGAAAGGAAAAUCUUUGUCAUCUCUUGCAGUAAUAACUGGAAUUUCAUUAUUUUUGAUCCUAGUUAUGAGCUUCCUAUUCAUAUGGAAAAGAUAUAAGCCACUUAAAGUAAUACAACAGAAGCUGCAGAGAAGGCCAGAAUCUGAUUACAGAAAGGCACAGACAUUUUCAGGACAUGAAAGUGCUUUGGAUGAUUUUGGGAUAUAUGAAUUUGUGGCUAUUCCUGAUCGUGGCAGCAGUUCCACAGUUUCAAGUCAGCCUGUUCGCAGCUCUGACAUUGCCCCAGGCCAGGACAUACUUAGUACAGUUUAUGAAGUCAUUCAGCAUAUUCCCAAUCAGCAGCAGCAGUACCAUCAACAGUAAGUUACUGCUGUUUAUCUUGCUCCACAGCUUCUGCUCUGAACAGUUUUUAUUGUAUUCCCACAAGUUACAGCCUGCAUGCACACAUGGUAGCUCAAAGACGAGGACUUCUGUGUGCGACUGAGACUGAACAAUUCACACAUCAAUGGCUGG